UCUUUGCGGCGAGACUUCGCGAGAACUUUGGGUGGCCGAGAACGUGAAAUGGGAAGAUGGCGAGUCUGUGCCGAAUCAAGUGCUUUCUAGCGCCUUCGUCUCUGUCGCUAGGAUCCCAUAUUGCAAGGGCGCUGAGUACGAGCUCGUGCCGGCAAGUGAACAGCUCCGAAGGAUGGCUGAGCAAGCUGCUGCACGUGCGGAAGAUCGAGCCCGGCAAGGAUUCCCACUCCCGACUCCUGUCUGACACUGAAGUCGUUUACGAAUUGCAGAUUCACGAUGUCAAGCCGGACGGAGUACAACCGUAUCUGAAGGGAUAUGAGAACUACUGCCAACUCCUCCAGAGCAAGGCACCUGAUUGCGAGCUGAUUGGCAGCUGGCAGGUGGUGAUCGGAGAUCAGGACCAAUACCUUCACAUCUGGCGCUUCAAGCAGGGCUGGCGGUCGGCUCACAGUUCAAUCAACCUGUGCAACACAGACACUGACCUUGUCACUCUUCAGACGGAUGAGUCCAAGUACCUGAGGGCACGCCAGAACCAGUACAUGCUGCCCUUCAGCUUCUGGGGCAACCCAGAGCCAAAACAUCAUGGGGGCAUGUACGAGAUACGCUCCUACGUCCUCAAGCCAGGAACCAUGAUUGAGUGGGGAAACAAUUGGGCCCGAGGCAUCACAUUCAGAAGAGCCAAUGCUGUGGCCGGCUUCUUUUCCCAGAUUGGCCAGCUCUACAUGGUCCACCAUAUCUGGACAUAUAAGGACCUCCAGGCUCGGAAGGAUAUUCGUGAAGAUAACUGGAGGAAACCUGGUUGGGAUGAAUGUGUCGCUUACACAGUUCCUCUGAUUCGGGAGAUGCGGUCAAGAUGGAUGCGGCCCACUGAUUUUUCGCCACUGAAGUAGAGAGCAAGCAUAGGCUGGAUUGAGGUGCAGAGGAAGACUGCAGGACUAGGAGUGGAAUAGGACUUCACCUGUUAACUGUUAUGACUUUUUAAAAUCGAUUCCUAUUUUUUUUAUAUCCCUAGUUUGUUUUCUGAAGCAUUUCACUGUCGUAAAGCAUAACACGCGAAGGAUCGACGGAGUUAUACACCAUCUUUUUGCUGUUUGAUUAUUUUAACCAUUUUUUUCCUGUUUGAUUAUUUUAGCUAACUUUCUUUCCAAGCUCACUUUAUUCUUGUUUAUGUCUCGAGCUGGGGAAAACGCCUUAUUGGUGUAUUUUGCAGAACUUGUUGCCCAGAGUUUUUUACUCUGUGAAAAGUCUGUUGCUUAGCAGUGCGAUUGUGCAUUUGCGCCACAUGCUAAUGAGAAAAUGCGAAUAUAUUUUUAUGUUAUCGACUUGGCUAGCCUUGUGUAACUGCUGUAUUUGUGCGACGUUAUAUUUUGCUCUGCAGCUAAGGCUGAGCACAGACUGAGGUUUGUUGAAUCAAAGAGCAAGAAAAAAGGAAAAAAGGCUGCUGGGACAGUGUGUUUUUGUAAAUAAUGUGUAGAGAUAUACAGUGUUAGUUUAUAAAUAAACUGCCCUGCAGACGACUGAUGCAUCGUUA